ACUCAUGUGGAAAUUGUUAUAAAAAUUAAAAAAAAAAAAAGAAGAGGGAAAGCAGGCACAUUUAAUGCUAUCUUCAUUUUGGGAAGAGAAAGAGGAAGCUUUUGUUUGGUAGUUCAGCUUCAGUCCCUAAACAGAACAAGGGGGUGGGGAUUUUCUCACUUGCACCUUAUUCCCUGGGCUCAUUCCAUAUUGAAUGAAGGAGCUUUUGUCCCCAUGGAAGGAGGUUAUUGGAAGCAUAGGUGGAGACUACUAAUCCAAGCAGGAUUUGUCUGGAUCCUUUUGGUAGCUUCCGCUCUUGGGAAAAAUUCAAGGAAUGACUCAGAGGAUGGAACAUGCUGGUUACUUAACUACAAUAAUACUGAGACCCUGAAACAAGGAAAGGCAGAAUAUCUUACUGCAAAUGAUUGUGAAGAAGGAAUUUCUGACUAUUUCAAAUGUUGUUUCACAAAAAGAUGCCCUAAAGAUGACUCAGGGAACUUGAAGCCUUACAUUUGUAGUACUCUCAUCAGCGUGCUUAUUGUCAACAUGCAAACUGGAAAAGCAAAGACAGCAGGACAUCUGUGUAUGUGUAAAAAUUCCAUUUGUAAUUGGACCUUAGACAAUGAUUUACUACUCACUUCUGGAUCUCCUAUAAUGGCCUACAGAUGCUUGGAGAUGGGACUGCAUAUAAUUGGUUUGACAGUUUCUGAUGUAACAUCUACUGCACCAACUCAGAAUCUAUUUAAUAUGAUACUGGAAAAAGUAGGUAUUGGAUUUCUUGAUCUUGGCAGUUCAUCUCCAGAAGCACUUAUUCUGUCACCAUUAAAGCAUGUUUUGAACACACGUAGAGAUCUGAUUUUAAGUUUCAAUGAUGAAAAAACACAAUCUCUUCCAAAUUGGGCCGGCAGCAAUAAUAGGUCUUUCAACAUCACAUUUAGUGUUUCUGGCAUAUGUGAUUUUGCUGCUUCAGUAUCUAAUCCCCACAACUACAUCUUCUUCAUUCAAUGUCUUCCUGGGCACAUCAAACUAGGAGGUUCAGUUAUUGAUGGGAAGCUUGAUUUUCCACCCAGGCGGAACCACAGUCGCCUUUGGUUGCCUGAGAAUAGACACUCUUCUCCGGAGCUGGGAUUUGGUGUUCGUACUUCCUCAGACAAUAUAACUUCUCUAGUAUUUGAUUUUGGCGAUGGUACCGUACUUCAAGUCAGCAUCAAAGAAGGCUUGGAUGAAGUAGAAAUCAUUGCUUAUCACCAAUAUAGAAAAGUAGGUACAUAUAUGAUCAAAGUGAUUAUUUUCAAUGAGUUUCGUGGCACCAAAAAGGAGUUAGGACCUUAUUACAUAGAAAUAUCUCAAGAAGAUUUGGUGGUAUUCAUGAAUUCUAGCAGUGUCCAUAAGGAUGAAGUUAUACUUUUCUCCAGCACCUUUCAAAGAACAACAACCAGAAUAUAUACCAGAAGCAUGAGAGAUCAUACCAUCUCUGUGAAAGAAGGAUCUGUUGUUAUGCAUAGAUUUUCAUCUACUUCUUCAUAUGAUGUAUUCUUAAUGGUACCAGAUAGAGCAAGUGGUUGCCUAGCUUGGGCCAGUGUGAAUAUUGAAUAUAAAAUGCAAGCUGUUUCUAUCUUUACUAAUGGAACAGUAUUUGCCACUGAUUAUGAAAUCACAUUUUUUGUUCUUACAAAUGAAACAAGUCCUCUUGAGUUUGUUUGGCAUUUUGGAGAUGGUUCAUGGGGGAGAACAACUUCAAGAAGUAUUAAAAAAAGAUACAGCAUUCCCAAGAGGUAUCAUGUAAUAGUUAAUGCUGCCAAUCAGAUCAGCUCUGUCGCCUCUCACAUUCACACUAUCAGUAUAGAGAGGAAAAUUGUUCCAAAUCGGCUUGUAUCCAGCUCGUCAGCUCUGAUAAAUUCCAGUGCGAGUUUUGAAUGCAGAAUCAAUUUUGGUACAAAUGUUACUUACUUGUGGAACUUUGGGGAUGGUACUAUCCAUCUUGGGAAAUGGACCGAGAGCCAUAUAUAUAAGAGGGGAGGAGAAUUUACAGUGGAGGUUCUUAUCUUUAAUAGUGUCAGUUUUGCUGCUCUAAAAAAGCAAGUUUUCAUCGUGCCCCAACCCUGCCAGCCACCUUUGGUGAAAAACAUGGGGCCUGGGAGAAUACAGAUUUGGCGACAUCAACCUCUUAAGCUUGGAGUUACUUUUGAAGCUCCCAUUCAAUGUGACAUUUCCCAAGGCCUUAACUAUAGUUGGUCCUUAAUAAAGUCUGAUGGCUCACAAGUAUUGUUUCCUGCCACUCUCAACCAGCACCGACAAACCAUUCUUCUUCCCAGCUACUUUCUUGAAUAUGGAAACUAUACCGCAUCUGCAAAGGUUAAAAUACAAGGCAGUGUGGUUUAUAGUAAUUAUUCGGUAGAUAUUGAAGUGAUUUCUCAGCCACCUGUCAGUGUGAUUUCAGAGGGGACACACUUGAUGAUCUCUAAGACCCCCUUUUCUAUUGUUGUACUCAAUGGCUCACAGUCCUUUGAUCCUGAUGAUCCUGGAACUCAUUUAAAGUAUUACUGGAAAUGUGCCCCAGCAAGUAAACAAAAUCAUAUGUGUUUCAAGUCUCCCAGAUAUAGUCUCUUCAACAGCAGUGCAUCUAUCAUCAGUUUCCCAGCAUCACUUCUUAAUGACUCCUAUGACCAAUUUUUAGUGACACUAACAGUGUCAAGUGAAAAUCGAAACUCUUCUGAAGCCCAGAUAUUCCUGUCAGUUCAUUCAGACUCUACAUCCAGACCAGUCUACAUUUCUUGGGUCAACUUUAAAGACAAUUCUGUUAACUGGAAUGAAGAAUUUUCUCUCCAAGUGAAGUGUGAAGAAUGCACCAACGUGCCUAACAUUUCUUAUUCUUGGGAUCUUUUUUUAAUCAAUGCAACUGAAACAAAUGGCAUGGAAGUUUCUUUUUGUAGAGCUGCAGAUCUGCUAAGCCCAUCAAGCCUUGUUGAUGCCAUCUUGACAAUUCCAAAGUCAAAUCUACCCUCUACAGUGAAACAAAUGAGUAUUCCUGCCCUUACAGCCACGCCUUUCCCAAGAGAUAUUCCUGGGCAGUCUAUCAGGCAGCUGACCCUUUUAGCUCCAGUGAAAACCUCAAUUUCUGCAGCAUCCAUAAACAUUACAAUUGGAUUUCAUCAUGCGAAUGAUACCAGGCACAGGGAGGGCAGCAGUCCCUCAGCUAUGGAAGAUCAUGUACAGGAAAGGCUACUUAGCCCAAUUAGAGGCUUACAAGAAAAAAAAUCUGUCAUAAGAUCCACCCAGAGAGAAAAGUCAGCAAACAGUGAACUACCACAAAAUUCUUCUUCCAUUUCUGAUUUUGAAGCAUAUUAUAGCAAUAUUAAGGAAGCAAUAGAAACAUCGAGAGGAAGACGACCAGGGGGUAGUAACAGUCUUACAGAAUCAAGGGAAAAUGAAGAACCAGAUACUGUGUCAGACGACGAUGAUGGUUACAACCUAAUUGAUUCAUCUUACUCCACGGAAAAUACAGUACCAUUGCUUAUGGUGGAUUGGUCCAAAUCAUUAAUUAGUAGAUCUGUUUUUCAAAGCUACACAUCUUCAGGCAUCACAUCAAGAACUGUUACAUUUAAACCAUUUUUCCUGAGAGGUGGACAGACAUAUGUGAUACAAGCUUCUGUGGUCUCAAGCCACAGACCAUUAGGCAAAGCACAGUUAUAUUUUACUGUCAAUGAAGUUCCAAAGGAGAUGGAAUGCCAAGUCCAGCCCAUUCAUGGUUAUGAGGCUUAUACAGUCUUCAGUGUUUUCUGCAUGUCUGGGAAAGCAGAUUACCUCUAUGAAUUCAGCUACCAAAUAGGAAAAUCCUCCAAAAUACCUUUAUAUAGAGGAAGAGAUAUACAGUAUUACUUUACUUUGCCAGCUGGUGAGCUUGUUGACAAAUACAAAGUAACUGUCUAUACUGAGAUCACAAACAGAUAUGGCUCUAAAUCUCAUCCCUGUGCUGUGAAUGUGACAGUAUUGCCAAGUUUCCAUAGGAACUCAUCAUCUUUGAAUUACAGGCCAGAAGAGGAUCUAUAUAAUUCAGGACUGAAAAACCUAACCACUCUCCUACAUAUGGGGAACUUUGGGGAAAUUAGAAAUUAUAUCACAAUGCUAACCAGAAUCCUGAAUCAUUUCUAUACAGAAGACCAAAGUUCUACAUUAAGUCUACAGUCACAAAUGAGGAAUUUAUUAAUUUCUUCAGUAUGCAAUUUAUCUUUCCAGGAUCAGGAAGAAAUGGCUGAUUCUAUUCUAAUGUUGAAUGAACUAAUAAGUAUCUCCAAACAGGUAACAUUUAGUAGUACAGUUCUGAUCAUCAAAUAUGUCAGAAAAUUAAUUGAUCACAGCAACUUAUCUGGGCAAUUUGUGAUGAAUAAGGAGUUGAUGUCCAAGGUGAUCUUUCUAGUAUCAAGAGUAUUGGAGGUGAAAGAAAAGGAAAAAUCCAGGAAUGCAAAGUAUUUCAGAGAAGAAGGAAUCAGAAACAUUGUAUUCUUGCUAUUGAACUAUGUGUCUUCAGGUAAAGAAUUUCAGUUUAAUAUUAGCACCGGACAGAUGGCAUUCCAGACCAAUCUGCAUUACACUUUUUACAACUCUGUCGAGCAUGUUGGCUCUGUUAAGGUCCAUUUACCAGAUGACCUAGAUGAGCACAUUUCUGCAGGAAUGGGAUUGCACAGCCAGUGCUACAUCACUCAGCUAAUAUACUUCAAAGAAUAUCCAUAUUUGGAGGAAAUAGUUCCUGUUCAGACUGAUGGGGUCAUGGUUGCCUUGAGCCUCUACAACUGCACUAGCAAAAGGAAGAUCAAUAUAAAAAGGCUGGAGAGUCCAGUGACAGUAGCAUUUGAAAAAAGUGAUGCUCAGGAUGAUGAGCAAAAUAAGACAAUAUUUUCAUUGUAUCGUGACAAAGUGAAUUUACAUUAUUUCUCUGGGCUUCCUGAGACCUCCCAGGAAUCCCUACAGAUAGUAGUGGAAUUUUCUAAAACCAUCUUAAGAACUUUCCCCAUAAUGCUGCUUGUCAGGUUCUCUGAAAAACCUACUAUUUCAACUUUUAACGUGAAACAGAUUCACUCUUGGGAUGAACAAGUUGUUCAGAUUUAUAUACCUGCUGUUUCCCUGAAAGAUGCAGCAUCUGGUUAUUUAUCCUUGUUAGAUGCUGGUUAUGACCAAAAGCCUAUGAACAAAUAUCUAGCUGACGUUGUGAACUAUACAGUUAGUUUCCACUGGAUCCGAUGCCUGUUUUGGGAUGAGAACAGAGAAUGGAAAUCAGAUGAUUCUUAUCCACAACAAGGAACUUCUCCACAAACAGUGAAUUGCAGUUAUAAUCAUUUCACAACAUUCACUGUUUUAAGAAGAAAACUAAAAGCCAGCUUUGAAAUUAAUGAUGUAUCUCUAUUAAGGAGCAUCCCACAAAACCUGUUUCCCAGUAUUCUUGUUAUGCUUUCUCUGCUUCUUUUUGCUCUUUUGGCCACUGCAAGCAAGCGUAGAGACCUACACGAACAAAAGAAGAAUGGAUCCAUUUUCUUACAGGGAAACUCCCAGUCUAGAGACAAGCAGGUCUAUUUAGUCAUUAUUGACACAGGUUUUCGAGCCCCAGCACAGUUGACUGCAAAGGUUCACAUUGUUUUCUAUGGAGAAUAUGAAUUUUCAGAGACAAGAGAACUCUAUUGCCCAGAGAAGCCCCUUUUUGAAAGGAACUCCAGGCACACUUUUAUAGUAAGUAUUCCAAAUAAUCUAGGCCCACUUUGGAAAAUUCACCUUUGGCAUGAUAACAGUGGAUGUUCUCCAAGUUGGUAUAUCAGCCAUGUAAUUGUGAAAGAUCUGAUUACCGGAGCAAGCUGGUUCUUUCCUGCCGAGUGCUGGCUAGCUGUGAACAAGUGGGAUGGGAAAGUUGAUCGAGAACUCACACCUCUCAAAAGUGGACUUGGUUUCAGGAAACUUUUGUACACCAAAUUCACUGAGUACCUAGAAGAUUUCCACAUGUGGAUAUCAGUAUAUAGUCGUCCUUCGUAUAGUUGCUUCACUCAUACUGAAAGGCUCACAGUUUGCCUUUUCUUGGUAUUAGGAUAUAUGUCUCUCAAUGCUGCAUUAAUUGCCAUGGAACAAGAAGAAUACUUUCCUGAAGUUGGCCUCCUAGAUGUCUCUGUAGUCUCCUUAAUGAAUGGCAUGCUUUCCAUUUUCAUCAUCUCCCCAGUGGCAUUAUUGCUGUCUCUACUAUUCAGGCUCAGUGAGAAAAUCACUAGGAAUCCCAUUGAUAACCAAUAUAAAUUCCAAAGAGGAUCUCCAACAUAUUCAUCAAAGGGUCAUGAUUUCCAUCAAUGGACACAGAAUAAAUAUGAGCAAAAUGCACUGGAGGAAUUUACUCUGGUGGCUUCCUCUGGAAAGGAAAAUGAGAAAAAGGAAGAAAACAAUGCUGCCUUUGUCAGAUACUCCAGGCAUUUUGGAGACUACAGCAUUGACCUUGACAGAGCUAUUCCAAAAGGAUCCCAUGCUCAUUCUAACUGCUCCUCAGAGUCUAGCAAUGGGUUAGAAGAAUCUACUCCACGAAAAUUGAUGGUUCUUCCUCAUUGGCUGUCCUACGUGGCUUGGGUCACUUGUGGGCUGGUUUCUAUUGCCUCUGGGUUGAUGGCAGGACUACUAGGAUAUCGGUUUGAUCCUUCAAAGUGCAUCCAGUGGAUCCAUUCAGUGUUUUUUUCCAUUGUGGGUUGUAUUUUUGUUGUCCAACCACUUAUGAUAUUCUUUGUGGCAUUGGCCCUAGCUUGGAGAAAAAGAGACCACAAAGGUUUCUUUAUUGAGGCAUUAUAUGAUGCAGCCAAGAACCUUGAAUAUGAAUUGCAUCAUCUUUCCAAGAAUCAUGCUCUGUACUCUUCAUACUGUUCCACUCCCAACACUGCAGCUGACUUUGAAAAAAUACUGGUAGCCCGUCAAAGAGCACGUUAUUUACAAUGGGUCCACCCACCAACUUUAGCCCAAUUAAAAGAAGCAAGAUGGAGAAUUAGAAAAGAAGUGCUCUUACAAACAGCAAUUAGGAACUUUUUGACUUAUAUACUAAUGUUGUUUCUACUUGUAUUUAUUAUAUUUGGAAAAUUUUCCCAUCAUGAAUACUUUCUUAAUCGAGCCAUCUAUAAUGAAUUCACAAGAAAUGCUAGAAACCCUUUUAUUGAAGUGAAGAAUGCUGAUGACUGGUGGAACUGGAGUUUGACAACUUUAUUGGAUAGCCUGUACCGGGAUAAAGAGAAUAAUGAUGAUAUCCCGAGGAUUCAGUCUGGACCUCUUGGAGGGAAAUGCCAUCUGAUAGGUCCUUUGGUAAUUAGACAGCUAAAGUUCACUGGACAAUUUUUAAUUCCUGUUGAAGCUUCUUCUCUUGCGCAUCAGCCCCAGGAUCAAGAUUAUGAAAACAUUCUUCAAUCAGAACCAGAAAAAUCGAAAGUGACUCAGACAAAAAGAUGCCUCUCUUGUGGUCAAGAGGAAAACGAGGAUGACACAGUAUCUGUAGUGAACCUGGGCAGAACAAGGGCCAAAGCUUACUCAAUUCUGGCCAACCUAAGGAACAAUGGGUGGAUAGAUAAAAGAACCAGGGAAAUCACUACUCACUUUGUCCUCUACAACCCCCCUACCAAUCUCUUCACCAGCAUAUCCUUAUUGGCAAAGGUGUUACCCACAGGUGACAUCAUUACAUCAUCUCUUGUGGAGUCAUUUAGCAUCUAUCACUUUCACUCUGCUCUGAGUUACUGCCUCAUGUUUUCCGAGUUGGUUUUCCUGGUAUUGAGCCUCAUUCACCUCUGCUUUCAAAUAUUCAUUAUGAUUCAAAAAGGGAUCCUUAGUUACUGGCAAGACUCAAGGAACUGGCUAGAGAUGUCCAUAAUUGGAAUGAGUCUUUCUUAUUUUGCACACUCCAUUUUUCAUUUUAUCCUUGUGGUGGAUGUGAUUGACCAGUUUCAUAGGGGAUUUUUCCAAGUAUUUGUGGACUUCGAUCCUAUUUUAUCUUGGCAUCAGAGGAACCGAUAUCUUCAAGGAAGCCUUUUAUUCCUCUUGUUAAUAAAAUGCCUUCAUCUCCUUGGCAUUUACAAGGCAAUGGCUCCCAGCUUGACCGUGAUGCGACUCUCCUUCUCUAACAUUAUUCUUCCACUGCUGGCUGGUGUCCUGUUUACAGUGGUCUACUCAUACCUUGGGCGAUUUCUGUUCUCAACUCAUGCUUUUCCAUUUAGAAGCUUUGCAGACUCCUUCCAAAUGCUGUUGUUGUGUUUUCUGGGAACCAAUGAGAAGGGAACAUUCUUUAGUCUUUUCAAGUCUAAUCAGUAUACCACAGUUUAUUAUUAUGGGACCCUUUUCAUAGCAGUGAUCAUUUUGUGGUCUGGAAUAUUGAAGGGAGUUCUCAUUGCUUUUAGGCAAGAUGCAAAGAGAUCUUGUAGAAGUCAACGACUGGUGAGAUUCAAAGAGGUUGCUGACCAUACUUGGGAGAAGGUGCUCUCCUCUCUGGGAAUACAAAGACCAUUGUUAGCAGUGACUGAGAUUGUGGAGGACAGUAAUUUCUAUCUGGAUGAAUUUGAAAAUGUGUUGGAUGAACUUCUGUUGAGAGUUAAUAGCUUAUACUACAGCCUUCAUUGCUCUCCUCUAGAAAAAUCACCCAGAGACCAAGAAGACCAAGAGCAAAAGGACAAGACCCUGGCUUAUGAUCUGAACUCACCUUCUGUGGAAAGCAACAUAUAGC